UGUAAAAUACCUAUCAAAUAUUCCCAAUGGCAUCAUCCAUGACCAUGACCACCUCCUUCUUUGGUGGCGCCUUCGCCGCGAAGCCGGCCAAGGCAACCACCCGUUGCAGCCCGCUGGCGGUGAGGGCCUCGAUAGACUCGGAGAAGUUGGUGGUGGAGAGCGGCAACACGAGACGGGGCCUCGUGUUGGCCGGGGUGGCCGCAGUAGCAGCGUCGUCCGUCACAAAAGUCGCAGAAGCCGCAUUUUCCAUUUCCGGCGUUUUACCAGUUGUUCCCCCGGACCUCAAGCCGGUCCCCGUCGAUCCUACUGCACCGGACAUCAUUACACUUGCGAAAUUCGCAGUGUCGGAAUACAACAAUCAGAUUCUGGUGUCGGCAGCAGGCAAAAAGGAUGUGGAGCUCUUGACUUUUGGGUCUGUGUUAAAGGCUGAGAAGAAGGAGUUCUUUAGUGUGUUUUACACAUUCGUGAUCUCGGCUCAGGAAGGUUUAAACCCAAGCCCCAAGAAGUACACCGCAAAUGUCACCACCCAAGACUCGCCUACGUCCAUAUAUCUCUUCACGUUCCAACCCACAUCUUAGCUAGCUUUUCCUGCUCCUAAAAGCAACAUCAUGCUAAUUCAAGUGUGUGAAAAAACUCUCUCUAGUGUUUAGCACUUUUCCUAGUUUCUUUUAUUGUAAUAAGUUGGAGAUAGUUUUUUUUCAUUAUAAAUUAUAUUCCCUUUUUUCGCUU